AUGACUGCAUGGGAUCCUCAUGUAUAUGAUGAGUGGAUUCCAUUUAAGAAGACGAAAUAUCCACCAACUCCUGAAACAUUGGAAACAAAGUGUGGAAAAAAAUGUUUCACUACGAGCGGCUAUUAUGAGAAUGAGCCUAAUCAAUCAGACAAAGGAAGGCUCUUUACAUACUGUGCCGAAUGUAGUGAAACAUUAGUUCAAGGGCAGUUCGUGCGAUGCAUUAAAAAAAGCAGGAAAAAUGAUUUUAAAGAUCAUAAGUGCAAAUUUUUACUCCCAAUGCCCAACUACGUUCCUGCUGAGCACCAAGUUGAGAAUACUCAGCAAGCAGUUGGCUCUGGUAAUGAUCCUUCGUUAGAAGAGAUCAUUGCCAGGCUUAUUGCGAGCCUAGAUAUAAGCCUUUAUGCCACAAUGAAGCCAGCAUUUAAAAGCUUCCUAGAGAGCUUCGCCAAAUGGCUUAAAAAUAAAGUCAAUCGCGAACAGGGCAUCAACUUUACAAUCCCAGACAUUGA